CGCAACACCCUCCUGAACAAUAACCCUCGUGAACAAUCCCCUUGGUGGCGGCGACACAACUCACGCCAACAGAUUGCGCCUCCGCAUCUCGCAGCGCCUCCUCCGUCGUCGGGUGCGGGGUUCCGCCGCCGCUCGCGACCUGAGGGGCAGGGCCUCCACCGGCAGCCGUGGGCAUAGGACCUCCUCCGUUCGGCAGUUCACCAACAGCAUACCAUAUGACUGAUGAUGGAUCGAGAUUGGAUGAGUGAACCAAGAUCAUCCGCUGCUUAUAAAGAUGGUGUAGAAUAUUUCUUAUCUCUUGCAUUUCGUGAUGUUCCAGAGGAUGCCGAGGUCCUUUGUCCUUGCGUGAAUUGUAGAAACAGGAUAACACAGAAUUUUGAUAGAGUUAAAACACAUUUGAGAUGCGCCGGAAUUCUUCAAAGUUAUACCAAAUGGAUUCACCAUGGUGAGAAAUAUGAUCCACCACCAUUAGUAUUUGCUCAUGUAUCAGGCAACUCCAUGAAUAUUCCUAUUUCUAGUGUUCGCAAGAGUUGUGUGGUAGAAGGUGGAGAAGGAAGAUCGGAUGACAUGGAAGGACUCCUAAAUGCAGCAUUUGGCAAGGAAGAUAGCUACGAGUCUCUAUCAAGUGCUUCUAUCAAUGAUGAUGAUAUUCAUUUUGACUCUAACAGUGUGGAACCUGGCAUGGAUGAGGAUGAGAAUAAUACAUUUGGAGAUGAUCAUAUUGGGGGGGAACAAGAUAUGUUCACAAGCUUGUUGAAGGAUGCAAAGACAAAACUAUAUCAUGGGUGUGAUAAAUUUUCAAGGUUGUCAUUCUUGGUGAAUUUGUAUCACCUGAAAUGCAUACAUGGAUGGACACAAGAAUCUUUUACAGCACUACUUGGUUUGCUAUCAGAUGCACUUCCUUAAGAGGCAGAUUUACCGAGGAAUUGUUAUGAAGCAAAAAAAAUCAUUCGUGGUUUAGGUCUUGACUAUCAGAAAAUCCAUGCUUGUCCUAAAGAUUGCAUGCUCUUUCGAGGUGACAGAGCUAACCAAGAGUCUUGUCAUGUGUGUGGUUCCUCCCGUUGGAUAACUGAUAAGAAUGGGCAUCCAAUUAACU